CACUAGCAUUCAGUCGCACACCCGUGUGCUUAUCGUGCACAAAUAAUAUUUUAUUUUUCAUAUAAAUAUAAUAAACACAUUUUUUCAUCAUUUAAUUAUAACAAUUAUUAUUUAAAUAUUAUUAAUAAGCUUUUAAAUUAACAGUGAUUUUAAUUAAUUAUUCAAGUGCAUUUUUUAAAUAGUGGAUUGAUGAACACCUGAAGAUUUCCAGUCCUGGAAAAGGACUCGUGGUUUUUCUUUUUUUUCUGGAAUAUUGAAACAAGUUUGAAAAAUGGGGAUGUUUACUGCGGGGGUUGCUGGAGUUGGCGUAUUUUAUAUAAUCAUUUUGGGUGUUAGUGUCUGGACUGGUGCUUCAAAACGUAAAAAAAUACGUGGUAAAUCGUUGGAUGAUUUGAUCCUGGCAAACCGUGGUCUUGGUACAAUUAUGGGAAUUUUAACACUUGUUGCAACUUGGAUUGGCGGUGUUUUUGUACAUGGAACAGCUGAAUCCAUAUACUCCAAGGGUUUAAUAUGGUGCCAAGUGCCAAUUGGUUACAGUCUCAGUUUACUAUUUGGUGCAUUUAUGUUUGUAAAACCAAUGAGAAAAGCUGAGUACGUGACAAUGUUGGAUCCAUUUCAACAGAGAUAUGGUGCUAGACUUGGUGGUUUACUAUUUAUUCCAGCUCUUGUUGGUGAUGUUUUUUGGACAGCAGCAUUGCUCAAGGCACUUUCCAACACCUUGAGUAUCGUUGGGGGAAUAAGCAAUCAUCAUAGUGUUUUUGCUUCUCACUUACUUGUUACAAUAUAUAUUAUGUUUGGUGGAUUAUACAGUCCAGUUACAGCUGAUGUACUUCAAGUUAUUUGUAUUACAAUUGGUCUUGGAAUAGCAACACCAUUUGCAAUUUUAAAUCCAGCAGUAUCAAUUGAUAAAAAUAUUGGUAAAAAAGAUUGGCUUGGUGAAAUUGAAACGAGAGAUUAUAUUGAAUGGAUUGAUGGAAUGCUAUUGCUUAUUUUUGGUGGAAUUACUUUUCAGGGAUAUUUUCAACGUGUAUUGAGUAUAAAAAACACAACAAUUGCAAAAACAUGUUCAGUAAUUGCAAUGAUAUAUUGUUUGAUAAUUUCAAUACCAACUGGACUAAUGGGUUUAGUUGCACGUGGUACAGAUUGGUCAAUUGUUGAAGGUUUUAAUCGUACAUUUACAUCACCAACAAUAAAUGAUGCAUCAAUUUUACCAAUUGUAUUAAAAAGCUUAACACCACAAUGGAUUGCUUUCAUUGGUCUUGGUGUAAUAUCUGUGACUGUUAUGUCAUCAGCUAACUCAAGUGUAUUUGGUAGUAGUUCAAUGUUUACCAGAAAUAUUUAUAGAAUGGCAAUAAGACCAAAGGCAACUGACAAAGAACUCAGCUGGAUUCUCAUGAUAACAAUAUUACUCAUAACAUUUAUGGCUACUGGAAUUGCUCUAACAACUCGAAGUGUUUAUUAUCUCUCAUUUUUAUCAUCAGAUUUAACUUAUGUUAUAUUAUUUCCACAAUUAUUGGCUGUUAUACAUUGGCCAUCUUAUAUUGAUACAUAUGGUUGUCUUGCUGGUUACAUUGUUUCAUUGUUUCUGAGAUUAACAGCUGGUGAAAAAUAUAUUGGACUACCUGUAUUUAUUCAGUAUCCUUAUUUUGAUCAUAAAAAUCAAAUUCAAAAAUUUCCAUUUCGUACAACAGCAAUGCUAUCGGCAAUAGUAACACAAUUAAUUGUCAGUUUUAUUACGAGAAAUAUAUUUGGUGGUAAAACAUGCUGUCCAAGAUGUUGUGAUUUUCUUGGUAUAUAUGCAUCAGGAAAAUCGAAAGAACAAAAUAGAGUUGCACAAAGUAGUUCUGGUGCUGCAUUGCUUUGCUUGAAUGAGGGAUCAGCUGGACGUGAUUCAACAGAUAGCCAAGAAGAUGAUAGACCAAGUUGUGAAGAUUCACAAAAUUCAGAAGAGACAAUGAAUUAUGGAAAUUUUACAGAUAGACGUGAUUUUACAUUACGUCGUGGUAUGAGUGUACAAAAUACACCAGUAACAAAAAUAAAUCGUAAUUAUCAAAAAAAUCAAACUCAAACACCAGGUAGAAAUCGUAUACCAAAUACAAAUUUAAAUAAUUUAGAUGGACAAAUACUUGGUGUACGUAAUUUACCAAUAAAUACAACAACAAAUCAUCAUCAUAUUACAAAUGACAUAACAGCAAAUACAAUUAGAUUAACAAAUACAAAUACAAUGAUAAAUAAUGCAUUACAAAUGUCAUCAUCAUCCUCAACAAAUCAUACAUAUGGUAAAUUAAAUAAUAUUGAAAAAGCUAAAGAAAUUGAACGUUCUGGUGAUCGUAGUACACUUGAAUUAAAUUUAAAUUUAAAUUUAAAUCAAGACAUUUCAAUUGGACAUGUUAAAAAAAAUUUAGUUGGUGUUAAAUUAGUUGGUAUGGAUGGUGUUACAACACUUAGAAGACCAUCACAGGGUACAUUUUCACCAACACCAUCAGUUGAAAUGGUUCACAUAAUGGACAGACGACAAAGUGGUGGAUCAUUUGGACCGGCAUCAUUAUCACCAGUACCAGGUGUUGAAGCAUGUAAAAUACAUGGUACAGCUGUUGGUGGAAGUGGUAAUGAUCAUUGUAGAAUAAAACGUGGUAUUGUUAGACAUCAUAGUUUUAAUGAUACUGGUGAUAGAACAUUAACAACACUUGCUAGACAACCAGCUUAUCCAUCAAUGCCAAUAAGAACAGAUGAUUGUAAAAUGACUAUUAAAAGAGAUAAAAAAUUAAAUGGUACUAUUGCAAGACAUUCAUCAGUUGCUGAUGAUAAAAAUCAUUGUGGUAGAGGUUUAUUAUUAAGUCCAACUUAUAAUGUAUUUAAUCCAAGUAAUUUUUUUGUUUGUGAUGAUGAAGCUGUUAGCAGAUUUUAAAUUUAUCUUUAUUUUUUCAAAUUAUUCUUGAGUAUAUCAUGAAAAACUUGGAAUAUAUUAUUUAAAUUUUUUGUGUGUGUGUGUGGGUCUUUCGGUUGAUGUAAAAUUUUUUUAAUAUUCUGUAAAAUAUUACGAACAAAAAAAAAAAACACUACGUCUUUGCUCAAUCUCUUAGGACAUUAUACUUUUUUAUUUACUUUUUUUUCAACUAAAAUUAGAUUAAGCUGUAAAUAAAUAAAUUUUACAUGAGUAAAAUUUAAAUUAAAGCUGAGGGUUUCUAUUUGAUAUAAAAAAAGAUAAAUUGAUUUAGUUAAAGAUAAUAAUAAUGAUAGGUAAAUUAUAAGAACGUCCAAUGAAAUCCCAUUGGGGUUGAAAAUAUUUUAAAAAGCUGUAUCAAUAAAUCAAGGUAAAUACGAUAUUUUUGCACCGACUGUAUCAUAUAGAUUAUAAGUAAGGGGUAAAUAUAUUUACGUAUUCGUGAAUAAUAAUUAUUAUUCUAAUUUAUUUUGAAUUGAUCGUGUUUACCGUAUUGGAAAUAUGUACACUGAUUAUACUUGCCACAAACCCGGAACAAUAUACGUAUAAUAAUAUGUAUUGUAAUAUUUGUAAUUGUAGAUGUAAUGAUCCUUGUGCUCAAUAUACCAAUAACUAGUUAAUCAUAGUAUUAAUCAUAUGAAAUUCAUCAUGAAAAAAAUUUACCAACACAUAUUUUCCUAUUAUCAAAAAUAGAUUUUUUUUUUUUAAACUCUGUUGGCUCAUCAAUCAAUACAAAAAAAAAUAUAACAAUAAAUAAAAUAAUCAAUAAAAUUAAUUAACUUGAACAAAAGAAACAUUUUUCUUAGAAAAAAAAAAAUGAUAAAUAAUAUUAAUUAACGUAAAAAUAUUUCAAACUUUUUUUUUUUCAUUUUUAAAUUAGGUUUUAAUAUUUAAAAAAAAAACAAUGACAUCUGCGACCUGUGCCAGUAUUUAUAGACUUUAAGAAAAUCGAAACAAAAAAAAAAAAUCGAUAUCUAGUCAUAAUUAAUAUUAAAAAAAUUUAGAAAAUAAAUUUAGAUU